AUGGUCUACCAGUCUCCAUCCGAUCUGACUGUGGGCCAGUUUCUGUCAACACAGUUCCAGGACUUCUGCAAGGAGAACGGCAUACAACACGUCAAGACGACACCGAAAUGGGCACAGGCGAAUGGAGAGGUCGAGAGGCAGAAUGCCUCCAUCAUGAAAAGAAUUCGCAUCGCGCACGCAGAGGGGCUGGACUGGCAGAAGGAGCUACGAAAGUACGUCACCGUCUACAGGUCGAUCGAGCACUCAACCACGGGCAGGAGCCCUGCUGAACUCCUGUUCAACCGGAAGCUCCGGGGAAAGCUGCCAGACAUCAGCACGCCGAGAAUCGACAUCGAGGCACGGGACACAGAUGCUGAGAACAAGGGCAAGUAUGCAGAGUAUGCAGACCAGCGGCGCGGCGCGAAACCAUCACCGGUGCAGGUGGGAGAUGAAAUUCUGUUGAAACAGGACAAGGUCCAGCAGGGGGCAGUGAUGUCACACUCUCAGUGGAACUCCUCUGUUCUUCUCUCAAACCUGUCUCACACCAGCGUCUUCACAGAACAGGUCCUCCCCCCCCUGUACCUCUCCCUCCUCACCGUUGGCCUCCCCCUGAACGCACUGGCCUCCCUGGUGUUCUGCAGAGUGCGCUCUGAAGCCGCCCUGGUGGUGUACCUGAAGAACAUGCUGCUGUCUGACGUCAUGAUGAUGUCAUGCUUCCCCUUCAGACUCAUGGCUCAGAGGGGGGUGGGGGGAUGGAGAAUUCAUGUCCUCAUCUGCAGGUUUGUUGCUGUGGUGUUUUACUCGUCGAUGUACACAAGCAUCAUGUUCAUGGGACUCAUCAGUUUGGAAAGAUACAUGAAGAUCGUCCUCCAGACAAAUACGGCGUGGCUGGUUCACUUCCUGCAGUCCCCUGGCUCCGCCCACAUGGUUGCCAUGGCGGUGUGGACUCUGAUGCUUCUGAGCGCGCUCCCGAACGUGUUGCUAACAAACCGUGAAGCUAACGAGGCUAACGCACGCCGCUGCAUGGAGCUGAAGAGUGAGCUGGGAGUACACUGGCACCAGGUCUCCACUCUCUUCUCUGUGGCCAUGUUCUGGCUGACCCUGGUUGUCAUGACGACCUGUUACAUUGCGAUUGCGGUGAAAGUGUGGCGUUCGUCUCGCCGCUCAGGCUCCAGCUCCGGCGCACGUCGCAGAUCGUCACGCAGCAUCGUCAGCCUCCUCCUCGUCUUCUGCAUCUGCUUCAUCCCCUACCACCUCUGCAGAGUACCAUACACACUGAGCCAGAUGCCCUGGAGCCAGGCCUCCGCCAGCACCAGAUGGUUCCUGUACCAGCUGAAGGAGGUCUCGCUGGUCCUCUCCUCCUGUAAUGUGUGUCUGGAUCCUCUGUGGUCUCAUUGGUGUCUGACUGGGGAUUUACACGUCAUUCACAGCGCGAUGCUUUGGCCGGACGCAGGCUAUGAGGCAGCGCACGUGCAGUGGGGGCCCCUGGGUUUGGCCCCUACUCUCACACAGACCUCAAACCCAGACCCGACCCAUUCCAGACCAAAUCCAGACCAGAGGACCAUGGACCGGAUCGCGCUUCUCUCCGCGUGGGUUCUUGUCCUCGCGCUCCUCUGUGAUGCACCGGGAACCAGCGAUGGCAAAGGCACGCAUGCGCAGGGGACCGGGAUGAAUGUGUGCGAUGGUCGCUGCUGUGACGGCUGGAGCUGCUCGGUGUUUUCCUCGGUGCCUAAACGCCGGCAUGUGCCGCGCUCCAAACCGUUGUGUGUGUGGCCCGGUUUUUACGGCAAACGCUGCCAGGUCUCCACGGUGACGGUGCUGUAUGCAGCAACGUCCAAUCAGAACUCAGAGGUCGGCGAGGUCAUCAGGAACAAGGACAACAGGCCACGGGCAGAUGAGAACCAAAAGACCCAGCUCCAGAGAGACCAGAAUCCACCUACUUCUGCUGGUGUUACUGCUGCUGAUGAUGAUGUUACUGCUGCUGCUUUGGAUCCAGAAGGUUCUGAUGAGAGAGCAUCAUCUGUAAAGAGGAGCAGAGCAGUGCUGAGGUAA